UGUGGUUACAUUAGACCCAGGAUGUGUGAUCGGAAGGUCAGAAAAUAUAAAGGAGUCAACAUCUAAAUACGAAGCAUUAGUAAGUCAGCCACGGAAUCAAGAGAAUGUAUCCAGGAGGAAUGCAGCAUUGUCACGACCGUAGCUGAGAUCCCUGGUCUUCAAACUCAAACUCAAAACCAGAAGCAAGAAGAUGUUGCAAUGUGUGUGUCCAUCCUCAACAACCACACAGAGAAAGUGUUCACAAUAAGGAAUGCUACAGCUCACGACUGUGAUGAUAUCCUACGCCUCAUCAAAGAACUUGCAGAUUACGAACACAAGGAAAAUGCAGUAAAACUAACUGAAAAAGAUUUACUUGAAGAUGGCUUUGGUGAUCAUCCUUAUUACUACUGUCUAAUUGCAGAAGUGCCAGGUAACCCAGAUGAUCAAGCUCGAUCCAACGUAGGCUUUGCAAUGUAUUACUACACGUAUGAUCCAUGGGUGGGGAAAGUCCUUUAUCUUGAGGAUUUCUAUGUGAUGGAACCAUAUCGAGGACUGGGAAUAGGAUCAGAAAUGCUGAAGAAAUUAUGCCAGGAAGCAGUACAGCGCCAAUGCACUUGCAUGCAUUUCCUCGUCAUGUCGCAGAACAAGGCCUCAGUAGAAUUUUACAGAAGAAGAGGCGCUACCGAUCUCUCCAACGAGGAAGGCUGGCACCUGUUUACAUUUACCGAAGACAAUCUUAAACGCAUGGCGGCAAACCAAUGAACAUGUUAAGGAUUUAAUCAUCACGCAUCCAUAGGGUGGCUGACUUUUAUUCUAAAUAUACUUGCUAAGUAGCUC